GUCUUGUCUGACAAAGAUCAUGGCGGCUCGAACAGGGAGCACUCGCCUGGAUCGGGAGUGAGCGCCGACACGCUGCGCCGGCUUGCACGGGCCAGCGAGAGAAGAGGUGGAGAGGAGCUUGGAGCGGGCGCGGCCCAGCUGUGCCAGCGCCUGUCCGUGGCGAUCCGGCUGGUAGCAAAGGCGGUGUUCACGCCCGAGUUGAUGUCAUUCGUGACGACCGGCACGAGCUGCUUCACCACGUUCGAGGCGGCCACCGCGGCCAGGGAUCUUGUCCGCGAGUCGUGCAACGUCCUGGCGUCGUCUGUGCAGCAAGCGAAGCAGCGCGCAGUUUCGAAGAAGCUGACGGGUCGACGUUGCACCCUUUCCACGGAGGCCGCGCAC